AAAAAGUAAUGGGAGCAGUAAUCAGGGGCGAAGUUAAAGGGCAAGUGUGACUUGUGCAUUUACACCACUCAUGAAUGGAGUUCGAGUGGAAUCUAUAUAGCUUUUGUUUGAAGCAAAAUUAUUAUCACGCGGAAACGCGUGAAAUGCGCCGAAUCCCGGCACGGUGGAAACCUCAAAGCAGCUUCUCUCCCACUGUGGCCCAAAAGAAUACCCCCCAACAAUCUGUGUGCGUUUGCAGAUUCAAUGGAAAAAGCAGUCUUGCUCCACGUGAUUUGUGCGGUUUUGGCUGUUUUGGUUGUUGCUCAUGUCAAAGCAGACGAUCCGUAUAGGUACUAUACCUGGACUGUUACUUAUGGGACUCUUUCUCCUCUGGGUAUCCCUCAACAGGUAAUCCUUAUCAAUGGUCAGUUUCCUGGUCCUAGACUUGAUGUGGUGACUAAUGACAACAUCAUCCUCAACCUCAUUAACAAGAUAGACCAGCCAUUUCUACUAACAUGGAAUGGUAUUAAACAAAGGAAGAAUUCAUGGCAAGAUGGAGUAUUGGGUACCAACUGCCCUGUCCCUCCAAACUCGAACUACACUUACAAGUUUCAAACCAAGGACCAGAUUGGGUCCUACACAUAUUUCCCCUCAACUCUACUGCACAAAGCUGCUGGAGGGUUUGGAGGACUCAAUGUAUAUGAGAGACCUCGUAUACCAAUCCCUUUUCCGAAUCCUGACGGAGAUUUCACUUUACUUAUUGGUGAUUGGUACAAAACCAACCAUAAGAUAUUGCAGCAAUCAUUGGACUCGGGGAGAUCUCUUUCCUUUCCUGAUGGCGUCCUUAUAAAUGGCCAGGCUCAGAAUACCUUCAGUGGUGACCAAGGAAAAACCUACAUGUUCAGGAUCUCAAAUGUGGGCUUGUCAACCUCAUUGAACUUCAGGAUUCAAGGCCACAAAUUGAAGUUAGUUGAGGUUGAAGGAUCUCAUACUCUUCAAAACAUUUAUGACUCUCUUGAUGUGCAUGUUGGCCAAUCUGUGGCUGUCUUAGUAACCUUGAACCAGCCACCAAAGGACUACUACAUUGUUGCAUCCACACGAUUCACUAAACAUGUUCUUACAGCAACUGCAGUUUUACACUACACAAACUCUCACACCCCCGUCUCUGGACCCUUGCCCAUUGGUCCUACUGACCAAAUACAGUGGUCUAUCGAGCAAGCCAGAACCUACAGGUGGAAUUUGACAGCAAGUGCAGCAAGGCCUAAUCCUCAGGGCUCAUUCCAUUAUGGGAAGAUAACGCCAUCAAAGACGAUUGUGUUGGUCAAUUCUGCACCUUUAAUAAAUGGAAAGCAGCGUUAUGCUGUUAACCGAGUCUCCUACAUCAAUCCUGACACCCCUCUGAAACUUGCCGAUCAUUUUAACAUCCCUAAAGUCUUCAGUGUAGAUACAAUCCAAGUGAUUCCCUCUAGUGGUCCUACAUUCAUAGCUACCUCUGUUAUGCCAGCAUCCCUCCAUGAUUUUAUUGAAGUUGUUCUCCAAAACAAUGAAAGCACCAUUCAAUCUUGGCAUCUUGAUGGCUAUGAUUUCUGGGUUGUUGGUUAUGGUUCUGGACAGUGGACACCAGCUAAUAGAAGUAGCUAUAAUCUAGUUGAUGCUCUGACUAGACAUACUGCUCAGGUGUAUCCAAAUUCUUGGACCACCAUAUUGGUUUCCUUGGACAACCAAGGCAUGUGGAACAUGAGGUCUGCAAUAUGGGAAAGGCAGUAUCUUGGGCAACAGUUCUAUCUCAGGGUCUGGAAUGCGGACCACAACCUUGCUAAUGAAUAUGACAUUCCUUCUAAUGUUUUAUUUUGUGGCAAAGCUGUAGGAGUGCACCCUUAGUACGUAUGACUGACUAUUUAUUUGAAGUCCUUUUCAUUUUCUUUUUCUUUCCUGUUUAUUUUUUUUUUCCCCAGUCAUGAGGGUUUGACUGCCUGUAAAAAUAUAAUUAGGGGAGAGCGAAGAGGGUGUAGUUAUACGUUCGGGAGCUUCAUUAUAUGUAUCUCUCACAAUCUUCUUAGUUGAAUUUUCCUUUAAUUUGCUUGAA